AUUGUCUUAUUAUGGUUUACAUUUCUGCCAAGUAGUUUCAGUUUCCCUCCAUCUGUUAAAGAAUAUACAGACCUGACAAGAAAACCUGCUAACAGACGGAUAGCUUGUUCUUCCAUUAAAAAUGACCCAGCAGAAAAAAAAACAGCAAACAUUCUUUUUAUUUUGACAAUAUUUACCUUUUUUUCUAAAUACUUAACACCCCCAUCGCCCUUUUAGAAAAUGUUCUUAGAGAAUAUAAUGUUUUUUUUCAUAUGCAUAAAAAUUACUAGCUAAACAACUGAUAAUUUAAACGAAACUGCACUUUGGACUUUAAUGCAUUUAUCUAAUCUAGUACAUGUGUAUGACAAAAGACGUAACAUAACUUUGUAUCUAUCCAAUUUAACCUCUUAUUAGAUAAAAAUAAAAAUCUAAUCUGGAACAAACAGGUAUAUUUCAAAGUCAUUAUAAUUUGAAGGAUUUGGGACUCGAUACUGAAAUUUACCUAUAAGAAGAAUGUCACUGCAUCUAUUAGACCAACUGGCAGAAAUUAUGGCACAUGACCUAUCAGGGGUUACGUCUGAAUUCAUCUCAGUAAAACUAUCAGAGGUCAUGGCUGAUAUAGGACUAACCAGAAAUGUGAUAAGGAAAAGACGGAAGUCCUUUAAGAUAAUGGAGGUUGUCGACACAUCGGUUCUCAGAAUUCUGUCAAAGAAAAUAACCACCUACAAUCUGGGAAGUCAGUCAGAAGGAUCAACAACUGUCGAGCUUGAUUUAGAUAUUGAUACUCUUUUCAGUUAUCAUGAUUUAAUUGUGAUUCAAGAUUGGAAUAACAGAAUUGACGGUGCACAGAAUGUACUUAUGGUCCAAAAUGAAACCACAGCUCCUAGCCAUUGCUUGUUACAAGUUCAAUCAAGCAAUAUUUCGUUUCCGUAUCCUGAUACAACAUUUGAUGAACGAGAUUUUUUUAAAGAUGGGAAAGGGCGAUUGUUGUUGAAGAACACUUGUUUUAAUGACAAAGUAGUUGUCUAUAAUGAAAGGAAUGGCCCUGCACAUUCCUUUUGUGGAAAUCCAGCUCAAAAUGAUGAAGAUAAUGUAAUAGCAUGGCAUUGUAAUGAUUGGCCAAAGGAAGCUUGUUUUGUUAAAGAAGGUUGGCCUGCAGAAGAUAUAAAAAGAGAAUGUGAGGCUACAGGCUGUACCAUUGUACCAGUGAGCAGCAAACACAGUCAGUACAAGGACCUAGAAUGGAGAAUAUCAACUUGUCUGGCUGAGAGAUGCCUAAUGUUCAGUUUAAAUAUCACACAAAUGAGAUGUUAUGUCCUGAUGAAGAUGAUAAUCAAGACAUUCAUUAAACCAAAAUAUCCCAAAACUAUCUCAAGCUACAUAUGUAAAACUGUCCUUUUCCAUUGCAUACAUAAUGAAAGUUCAUUACGAUGGAAUGAGAAUCACUUAAUUCAGUGUUUAACAUCUUGCCUACAUCUUCUGAAAGUCUUUGUCAUGGCAGAAGAAUGUCCACAUUUUAUCAUACCUGGAAACAAUUUGCUUGCAGGGAAAAUUUCAGAAGGACUGAAAAAUAAUCUUGUUGCAGAUCUAACUGAGCUUCAGAACACUUUAAUAAAGCAUCUACUUAAAAUAUCUUGUGACUGCCUUGGCAUUAGAUUAUUUGUAAAACUAAAAGCAUCUGAAAAAAUUGGCAAUUUAGAAAAUACCUUGAUUCAUCCAAGAAAUAUUUGCCAAACAAUAUCACAGCAGCUUUUGAGAUAUAUUGCAGCACAAUUAAGUAUUCGUCACAAGAGCCUUUUACGGGAUAUGAUGCUAUAUGAUCGUUCCAGAUCACAAAUAUGCUUUACAUUUGCUGUGUCUACAUUGAAAGGUCUUUGCCAUAAAACAGAGAAUGAACUUGAAAAGUCAGCAUACAAACUCCUCAUACCUUUCAUGUGUUCAUCAUUAGCAUCAACUAUGGCAUCGAAUGAGCUUGAGGACAAGAAAGCUAUAUCAAAAGAACACUAGACAUGUUUUCUGAAGGUUCAAAUUCAGAUGUGUCAUCUGGAAAACUGAAGCUUGCAUCUGCUUUAUACUGCUCUGGUGCAUUGGUGGAGUCAAACAAUAUUCUCAAACAAAUAGAACAAAAAUAUGACACAUGUUUUGUUGAAAUUGUAUGCAAAUGCAACGACCACAAAGUACAAAGAAUACGGGAUGGAUUUGCAGAAAAAGCAGACACAGGCAAUGAAGAAUUAAUCAAAGAUAUCACAUCAUUUUGCGUUAGAUACCUGCCAACUGAGGCCAAAUGUGUUCCCCAUGAACUUAUCUAUGAAAUGUUCAGAUCCACAGAAGAAGAUAAGAAACACAGAAAAAGUGAUGACCGCUGGAUGGACUGGAUCGUGGUGGAUUCUCUCCCUUAUCUAUAUUUUCUUAGAUACAAAAUAUAUGGACAUCUCAAGAAAAAGCAAGAACAAAGAGAAGCACUUUUAAAGUUGGAUGUAACUGUUAAAACAGAGCUAAACCUUGGACACAGAGAAACAGCAUUCAAUUUACUAGGGCAAUGCAUGGAGCAAGAGAAACGCUAUGAUGAUGCCCUCCAAAUUUACAUUCAAUCUCUGAACAUACGUAACAGUAACAAUGCUGCAAAGAUUCAUAUAUGUAGAAUGAUUUCUACAUUGAUCAAUAGAAAAUUUUGCUGAAAACAGAACAUGAUAGGAAAGCAUGCAUGACCAUUCUUUGUACAUGAUAGUAAAAUUAAGGCCUGGAUAA